ACGGCUAUACACACCAGCAAAGUUGACUGCUGUAGGUCUGUUUUUGGCAUCACCUCUUAUACAAUUCGGAUCAACACAACCAUGAUGGAGGCUAGGUUGAGCAGCGUUCUCUUCCUAGCUUGUUGCUUCGUACAAGCCUUCGGUGACGAUUCCCCUUUCGUUACAACGAGCCAGGGUCAGAUUGUUGGCACCACGCUGCAAUUCCGUCCGGGGGGACGUCCGGAGUUUCACGGGGCCAUAGACGCCUACCUCGGUAUACCGUACGCCGAGCCGCCCGUCGGUCCGCUACGACUCAGACCGCCGGUAGCAAAGUCCUGGAGUGGCGAGCUGCAAGCCAAGAUGCCGGGAAACCCAUGUCCACAGCCGGAAAUUAAAAUGGGGAAACUGUCACCCAUUGUCAGAUUCGCUGAAGACUGUCUCGUGCUAGAUGUGUUCGUUCCACAGCAAGUGCCUUCUAAUGCAGCCGUUCUUGUGUUCAUCCAUGGUGGUGGCUACUUCUUCGGUCAAGGGACCAUCGAGGAAUUAUCUCCAGCCACAACAGCGGUCAUCGGUGACGUCAUCCUGGUCACUAUGAACUACCGCCUUGGAGCUCUGGGAUUUCUUUCGACUGGUGAUGACGUCAUUCCUGGUAACUUUGGUUUGUUGGAUCAACAGCUUGCUCUGAAGUGGGUCAGAGACAAUAUCCAAGCUUUCGGAGGUGACCCUGAGCGAGUUGCAAUCUUUGGCGAGAGUGCCGGAUCUGUCAGCGUGAAUCUCCAAAUGCUGUCCCCAGGAAGUGCAGGGCUGUUCCGCGGUGCCAUCAUGGAGAGCGGUAAUCCGCACUCCCCAUUGUCAACAACUGACCACCGGAAGGUUGCCUUCGCUCUCGGCAAACUACUCGGCUGCGAGCGAGACACAGCUGCGGAGUUACUGGAGUGUCUACAGAAGGUUGAGGAUAUUGACUCCAUCAUUAAGAGCCAACAAGAAGGGCUAGCUAAAGAGUUCGGAUACGGGAUACUGCUGGCGCCGGUUGUUGACGGCAACUUCCUCCCGGACCAACCGGCUGAACUUUACGCAAAGGGUGCCAUCAACGACGCAGUGUCAAUCAUAGGCUCAAAUGCCAAUGAAGGAAUGUUGGGGUUCACGAUGUUAUUUCCCGACAACACUGACGAGGCACCGUUUAUUAACAGCGCCACUUACCAUGCUUACUAUCCGAUGUUUGGAUCGAUUAUUAGCACGGAGCCCAUAGUGACAGAUGCAGUCAAGUUGAUGUACACAGAUCCAACUUGCAUAGAUGGACCUAGUUGCAACUACGUGGAGGCACUUUCACAGAUGAGCGGUGACUUUUCGUUCGUCUGCCCCGCCGACAAAACGGCACGGGCUUACACCCAAGCCGGGCGUAAGGUGUACCGCUACUUCAUGACCCACGACCCAACAACGAAAAUCAGCGGCCCAUCAUGGUUGAAAGCUAAUCAUGGGGAAGAAUUACCGUUUGUCUUUGGUCUUCCACUGGUAGGCCUACCUUUGGACGACUACCCAACCACUGAAGACGAAGUUCGCAUGUCGAUCCGGACAAUCAAAUACUGGUCCAACUUGGCAAAGACUGGCAACCCGAACCUGUCUUCUCUGGAUGCUGAACUCACAGACGAAGAGAUAAAGACAGAGUGGCCGUUGUUCACCGUUGAGGGACUUGAGUACAAAGAUCUGACACCAGACAUGUUGAAUGGGCGUGGCAUCAAGGCCAGGGAGUGUCGCUUUUUGAACGAGUUCGUUCCUCAACUUAUCAAAACAGCUGAGGAUGCAAAGAAGUGCAAAGAGAGCAGCUCAAAAUGGACUCAAGACGGCAGCUCCGACAGCGAGACGUGCACAAAAGACAAGUGUCCAGAGGUCCCAGAAGAAUAUUUGAAACAUUUACUACAACUUGCCAUUCCCUUUGAUACCAUUCGGAACAACACAACCAUGAUGGAGGCGAGUUUGAGCACCGUUCUCUUCCUUGCUUGUUGCUUCGUACGAGCCUUCGGUGACGUUUCCCCUUUCGUUGCAACGAGCCAGGGUCGGAUUGUGGGCACCGCGUUGCAAUUCCGUCCGGAGGGACGUCCGGAGUUUCACGGGGCCGUAGACGCCUACCUCGGUAUACCGUACGCCGAGCCGCCCGUCGGUCCGCUACGACUCAGACCGCCGGUAGCAAAGUCGUGGAGUGGCGAGCUGCAAGCCACGAAGCCGGGAAACCCAUGUCCGCAGCCAACAAUUAAAUGGGGAAAAUUUUCACAAAUUAGCAGCUUGGUUGAAGACUGUCUCGUGCUAGAUGUGUUCGUCCCACAGCAAGUGCCUUCUGAUGCAGCCGUUCUUGUGUUCAUCCAUGGUGGUGGAUACUUCAUGGGUCAAGGGACCAUCGAGGAAUUAUCUCCAGCCACAACAGCGGUCAUCGGUGACGUCAUCCUGGUCACUAUGAACUACCGCCUCGGAGCUUUGGGAUUUCUUUCGACGGGUGAUGAUGUCAUUCCUGGUAAUUUCGGUUUGUUGGAUCAACAGCUUGCUCUGAAGUGGGUCAGAGACAAUAUCCAAGCUUUCGGAGGUGACCCUGAGCGAGUUGCAAUCUUUGGGGAGAGUGCCGGAUCUGCUAGCGUGAAUCUCCAAAUGCUGUCCCCAGGAAGUGCAGGGCUGUUCCGCGGUGCCAUCAUGGAGAGCGGUAAUGUGCAUUCCCCAUGGGCAACCAUUGAAGCUGAAAAGGCCCGGAAGGUUGCCUUUGCUCUCGGUAAACUACUCGGCUGCGAGCGAGACACAUCUGAAGAGUUACUGGAGUGUCUACAGAAGGUUGAGGAUAUUGACUACAUCAUUAAGAGCCAACAAGAAGGGCUAGCUAAAGAGUUCGGAGUUGGUAUAUUUCUGGUGCCGGUUGUUGACGGCAACUUCCUCCCGGGCCUACCAGCUGAACUUGACGCAAAGAGUGCCAUCAACGACGCAGUGUCAAUCAUAGGUUCAAAUGCCGAUGAAGGCAUGAUGUGGUUUACGAUGUUAUUUCCCGACAACACUGACGAGGCACCGUUUAUAAACAGCACCACAUACGAGGCUUUCGGUCCGAUAUUUGAAUCGAUUAUUAGCACGGAGCCCAUAGUGACAGAUGCAGUCAAGUUGAUGUACACAGAUCCAACUUGCAUAGAUGGACCUAGUUGCAACUACCUGGAGGCACUUUUACAGAUGAUUGGUGACUUUUGGUUCGUCUGCCCCGCCGACAAAACGGCACAGGCUUACACCCAAGCCGGGCGUAAGGUGUACCGCUACUUCAUGACCCACGACCCAACAACGAAAAUCAGCGGCCCAUCGUGGUUGAAAGCUAACCAUGGGGAAGAGUUACAGUUUGUCUUUGGUCUUCCACUGGUAGGCCUACCUUUGGACGACUACCCAACCACUGAAGACGAAGUUCGCAUGUCGAUCCGAACAAUCAAAUACUGGUCCAACUUGGCAAAGACGGGCAACCCGAACCUGUCUUCUCUGGAUGCUGAACUCACAGACGAAGAGAAACCGACAGAGUGGCCGUUGUUCACCGUUGAGGGACUUGAGUACAAAGAUCUGACACCGGACAUGUUGAAUGGGCGUGGCAUCAAGGCCAGGGAAUGUCGCUUUUGGAAUGAGUUCGUUCCUCAACUUAUCAAAACAGCUGAGGAUGCAAAGAAGUGCAAAGAGAGCAGCUCAAGAUGGACUCAAGACGGCAGCUCCGACAGCGAGACGUGUACAAAAGACAAGUGUCCUGAUCGGGUCCCAGAAGAAUAGUUAAGAAACACAAGCCUACGGGGUCCUGGAAGUGACAUUCAACUGUAUUUCGACUCGUUUUAAUAUUUUUUGUAUUACGGUUUUUCUACCUUUUAGAAUAUUUUACGUUUUUAUUUGCUUCCAGGACAAGAAGUAAUAAUUAAUUGGUGAUAUUGUUUUCAAUGUAAAGGCGUAUAUAAUGCUAUAUUUGUACUACUAGAAUAAAAAUAAAACCUCAAUAUUUGCUCUUGGAUCCUCGACGUGCGUGUUGGAUCAUCGACUUCAUGGGCACGUGUCUUAGUAUGUCUAUGUACCGGUAUGUUUAAGACGUUCUCUGAUUGGUUGAUUACCAUGGUCGGUGACAUAGGAAAGUCACAGUCGUUAUUGCACCACACAUUACAAAUUAUAUUUGUACCUGGGGCAACGGGAUUUAUUGUCUAUAAAAAUUGGGUUGAUUGUUUGUGGUGCUUAAUAAUGACCCGGACAGAGUAAUAUUCGACCUCCGUUCUGGUCACAAUUAGUAAUUCUUGAUGUAAAACGGUCAGUGGUGAUCGUACGAAAAAUCCAGACACUAGUACUUGGCCUCUGUGGUCACCACCGUUUUUAUUAUGUAAACGAGGUAUUAUUGUAUGAUCUAAAAAAUAGACCAUUAUCAUGCUGCUACCAGCUUGGUUAUGUACCUUUUCCAAUAGCAGUAAUAGAUGCUCGUACAUAUUGUACAAAAGGAACCAGACUAUUUUCUCCUUCCAGCCUCGGUUUGGUUACAUUUAUUUGAAUGGGGAGAAAAUCAAGAUGACUGCACUAUGAUAAAGGUCUUUAGGCAGAAUAAAUGGAGCUUCGACUCUUCAACACAGUGGAAAAGUUCGUUUUGACAGAGUUAUUGAGAAUUGUACUUUUCUUCCAACACUAAUCUCUGAGAUUGUGGCCUAUACAAGCGCAGGAUCUAGGAGGACGCGUAGCCCAUUUAUUUUUAUUUGGGAGCAAUAAGCUACCUUUAGGUGAUUUUAAAGUCUGGAAGCCGACCGAACUGGCGCUCGCGUCACAUUGUCGACUUCCAAAGUCAAAGCAGUCACAGUGUCAUACCGAGGGACAACAAACCUUUACAGGCACUGGGCACUGGACGCUAUUGGUAAUUACUCAAAAUAACUGUUAGCAAAUGAACUUACUCGGUAACGACCAACGGAGCG